AGCCAUUUUGGUUCUAGCCGCCGCGUCCGCCCCGCGCUCUUCCGCUGAGACUCGUUUGGGGGAUGCCUGCGGUCGGCUGCCUUGCCGCCCCCGAGGCGGCGGAGCAGCCUAGCAAUGGCGGCGGGUCGCUGUGGCCUGCGCGGCGCGUCAGGCAGGCGGCCGCGCGCCUGGCGGCUGCUGGCCGGCAGUCGGCCGCCCUCGAGCGCGUGAAGGCGCUCGAAUCCAGAGCCUCGGAGCUCGAGGCGGAUUUCAGGAAGACCCUGGAGGUGCACGAGGCGGCGGCCCAGCAGGCUGUGGCACUGGCGGGUACGGACGCGACGGGGGAGGCAGACAAGCUGAGGGGCGAGCUGGUCGGGCGGCUGGCCGUCGAAACGCCGAUCCUCGCGGCGGGCCUGGCCGCGGGGCAGGGGAGCGUGGUCGUUCCCUGCGUGCCGACGCUGGGCAAGCAGCGGCGCGACACGGCGGCGCGCGUUUUCAACGCCGCCGCCAUGGUGAUCCAGGAGGCUGGCAAGGCGGAGCUCGACUGCAUCCAGCGAGGUGCUAGGCAUCGCCUGCAGAGGUCUGCACGGCUGGGCCGACGCGGAGGAGGUCAGCUUCGGCGUGCCCGCGGAGCUGAGGUGCGUGACGGCGCACGCCUUCCUCUUCGCCGCCCUGCUGGAGCUGGUCUUCAUCCUGGUGGGCAGCAGCCCAGCGCGAGGAGGCCGCCGACGGUAACGGCGGCGCCCGUCCGCCGCGUGCCGUCCGCGCGACGAGGCUGCCCUCCUUCGUGAGCGCUGCGACGUGGUCCGGGACGUCGAAGGUGGCGGGGUCGGCGAGGUGCUGGAGGAGGUGGACGGGGCCUCAUAUUAAGACCGCUGCCAUCGUGUAGCCUUCGGCGCUGGAGGCCGACGUGUCUUGCCGCGCGCUGGAGUCGGAGGAAAGCGAGGCCGCCCCCGGCGACCCGUUCGACGAGCGCGCGGUCGUCGGCGGGAGGCGGCGCCUCGCGGUGCUGCAGAGGCGCAUGUACCAGACCUGGGCCAUCGCCGACCGCGAGCAGUACGAGGCUCAGGUCGCCUACUUGGCCAAGGGGCUGGAGCAGGCGAAGGCGGCCAAGCGGGCUCGCCUCGCCGCGAAGGCCGGGCAGGCCAGGGCGGCGACCCACGGGAGAUAAGCGGUCGGGCGGGCCCUCGCUCUUUCUGCUGGGUCUGCCUCGACAUUUUGGUCGGUGCCCCUCGGCGUGGGUUUGGGGGGCCGCCGCGUUCCCACGUCGGGGUGUGGGGGCGGCCGUUGGCGGCUGCUGGGGGUGCCCGGUUUUGUCCCCGCGGGGGUGGCUUCCGCCCCCCCUGGCUUGCUUUUGGCAAGGCCAGGGUGAGUCGGAUGCCUGUCUGGGCUGCUUCGGGGCCCUUCCCUCGUCGCCGCGGCGUCUGUGAGCGUGCUCGCGGUGGUGCGGGGCCCAACUGACAUCUGGCGCCCGGGCAGUCGUCUGCGUGCGGACGGUCGCCAGGACCUCUUUGAUGAUGUUCCAUCCAUCCCUCCUCCUCCUCCUCCUCCUCCUCCUCCUCC